CGCACUAUAAAGUUUACAUUCUUGUUCGCAGUUUAAGAUGUCUCAUUCAGCGAAAAAAUAAAGAGAAAGUUGAGAAAGGGAAUAGAUUUAGAAUAUUUAGAUCUAGACUAGGCAGAAAGCGAUAGAUCGGUGAUUUAUUGAGAUCAGUAAUCCAUGGCCUCCCCAAGCAUAUGGAAAGUUUUGGAUAAGAGCUUUGUCAAAGAAAAAAAGUGUAGGCUAACUAAACAUAAAGAUUGGACAGAGGUCAAUAUUGUGUCUGUAGAUAAUAAGAAACCUGUGAUUUCAUUAUGUGAUUGUAAAAGAUACAGGACAUGUCAUCAGAGUAAUGGUUGCAGAAAAGCCAUAUUGGCUGUUCAAUCAAAAAAUAAAUCUUUGAAGGCUUUGGAAAUAUUGAAAUCCAAAAAGAAAUUAGAUGCUAAAGAAAAAUAUGUCAGCCUUUUGAGCUUUGAUCUGCCAGAAUUUUAUAGUUUACGUAGAAAAAAAAUUAAAGAAAGAAUAAUGAAACGAAGGCGAAGCCAUGACAUUGAAAGUUUACAAACUCCUUCUAAAAUUUCCUUGCAUAACGCACGCAGCUGCUCAACAUCCAGCUUUUUGACUCAGGUGAACAAUCUGAAAAGAAAUAGUCUUCUUAGACCAUAUUCUUUUGUGUAUCUUCCAUUUACUGCAAUGGAGAGCUUCACCAAGCCUAAAGAUUGUUACAGAGAAGAGCUUUUUGAAUUCUUUGAAAAAGAAUCUUUUCAUUGGGCUUCUAAUUUUCUUAUGGAUUUUAGUGCUGAAUAUGAAAUAAGGACCACCACACUAAUGCACCUCAUAAACUUAUUUAUUGACAACAUUUGCACACUAACUGCUACUCAAAAGACAGUCCUGAACAGAUCAUUAAAUUUUAUUUGCCAAAAAAAUUGUUCAAUCAUUCCUACCCUGCCGAUAGACAUUGUCUUGAAAGAGAAGAGCGAAGUUCAUUUGAACAUGUGCCUUAAAUUCUUAGAACUGAAUCUAUUCGCUAGGAACUUGUGUGAUAAUAGCCAAAUACUGCAUUCAUAUGCUUACCUGCAGCUUUCUUGGGACAAAGGAAGGAGCAAUCUUUUACAUAUCUUGCAGCUUCUUGGUAACUUGGUGAGAGAACCAGAGUCUCAUCCUAAUGUGACAAAACUAUUUGCAGUUCAAGGUCUUGUGGCAUUAGGUCUGAUGACAAGUUUAAGGGAUCAGAUGAAUGCUUUCAAAUGUGUUUCUGUGGAAGUGUACAAGCUGUAUGCCUCACUGCAAAGGAGAGACCAGAAAAUUUUGUUACUGCAGACGUGUGAGUUUCCUCUUCUUGUGAUUCUGGUUACGAGGAAAGCCAUGGAGGAGCAGUUUAAUGUCACUACUACAUCCGAUGACUGUCUUUCACUACAAGAUGUUGUCAACUUUUAUUUCACUCCAGAUAUUAAGCUGAGCCUCACACACUUUGAUAAAGAUGGCUGUGAAGAAUAUGUAGUGCUGUUGUAUUUUUUAUUGUGGGGCACCAUUGAGAAUGUAAAACGUAAAGCAAAUCUUUCCUAUAGAUGUCGUCUCAUGCAACCAGAGCUUGGUGGAGAUGAUCCCAUUGUGGAAGAGAGUUCAGCUGUGAGAGAGUUCUCCAAGUACAUGAAAUCCAUCUGUCAAGACUUGAGUGAAAAAACACGACUCUAUCUUUCAUUGAUUGAUCUGCUCCUGGAAGGUUUUAUGGUUAGGCGCAUUGGUGACAACUCAAAACAGUUAAAUGUUUCAUGAACACAUUUUUAAAAAAUUCUUUAGUUAAUCAUUCUCAGGCGAUAUUCUCUCUAUUCAUGUUUAAUUUAAUUUAAUGUAUGUCCAGGAACAGUUUCUGCAUUGGGAUAAAUAUUUUUCCUUCUUAAAGCACACAUUUUUAUGACGAUUUCAAUUCUUGUUAGCUGUUACAGUGGCUGAAGGGUAAAGUUCAUAUCUGCUGAACAAAGCUUUCGCAUUUGAGAGGAGGCUGGGGUUUUAAUUCAGUAUCUCAGUCCACAUAGUGCCAAUCUCUACUUUCUUUUUUUCUUUUUUUGUUUAUAGGAGGCAAGUCACCAGUCUUUGUUAACUUGAGUUGUGUACUUAUUAUUAUUAUUAUAUAACUUAAACUGUGUUCAGUAAUAUAUUAUAUAUGUUGUCUUAUUAGGCUAGCUAUGACUAAUGUAUUAGUUGCCACUGAUGUAAAAUAAAAUUUUGUAUACUCUCUUUGUAACAAGUAAGGGACAACCGUCCGUGGUAUUAGGAAAUUAAUUUUCAGCCUACCAAAACCAUCAUUAAUUUUCUUACUCAAAUAUAUUUUAUAGGAGAUUUCAUGACAGAUAUCAUUGCUAUGACAAAGUAAGACCACACUUUUUGAUUUGUUUUUAUUAUUUGUAAUAGUUUUGUUAAAGUGUAUACAAACAAAAUGACUAUUUUUUUUCUCUUUAUUAUUUUUGUUAUUAAAUUGUAUAUAAAAAAUGAU